GUCUUCUUGACAUCGACACCCCAAUCCCAAAACUCUUUUCUAGUUAAUCCCAUCACUUAGACCUAACCCUUCAUGCUUUCAGCCAACCCACAUUCGCAAGAAUUGUAAUUUUCACAAUCCCAGAAUCUUCACGUUCGAUCCUAGGACUGUCUGUCCUUUGCCGGCCAUAUUGAGUGACUUCGAAUUCUCGGCCAAAAUGAGCGAGACCCCAGGCAGUGGAGCAGCCCAGCCGCCCCCAGCCGUCCUACCAAUAGAAAUCCCCAGCAAUCCACCCCUCCAGCCUCAAGGCAGUGCCAAGACCACCAGACCUGCCGAAGCAGCAGGAGUGCUAAAGCUGUCUGCCGCAGAGCUGAAAAAAAAGAAGCAAGCAGAGAAACAGGCGCGUCGCGCUCAGACAAAAGGAUCUGGCGGACCGCCCAGCCAGCAGAAGGGAGCCCCGCCGAAAGAUGGAUUUAAGCAGGUGAAGGAAUUAAAGCAAGCGGCGAAAGACGACAAGUUGAGGCCAAUGUCGGCCCGGAGGCGGCCCUCUCAGUCAGAGGUGACUGUACCGGAAAAAUUGAAGAAGGAGAUUAGGAAGGAGCCAAAACAGCAGGGCCUCUUCUUCGGCCAUCUGUACAACCAGCCCCGUCAGCAUUCCAUGGUCGGGGCGUCCAAGGACGUUCAUCCAGCCGUCCUGGCUCUCGGUCUGCAGUACAGUAGCUAUGUUGUCUGUGGGAGCACUGCUCGGAUGGUGUCCAUGCUCUUAGCGUUCAAGGCUGUCAUCGAAUCAUAUUCAACGCCAGUGGGAACGAGUCUAGCACGCCAUCUCACCUCACACCAUCUCAGCCCGCAGAUAGAUUAUCUGAGAAGCUGUCGUCCGCUUAGCAUUAGCAUGGGGAACGCUAUCCGUUGGCUCAAGGACGUGAUUAUCAAAAUCGACCCCUCAACCCCGGAGGCACAGGCUAAGCGCGACCUUCUUUCCGAAAUUGACAACUUCAUCCUACAGCGCAUUACGGCUGCCGACGAACUCAUCUCGGAGACUGCUGCUAAGAAGAUCGAGGAAGGCGAUGUAAUCCUGACCUACGCCUCAUCCUCGAUUGUCGAAAAGACUUUCCUCCGAGCCCACAACGCCGGCAUAAAGUUCUCCGUCAUGGUCGUCGACUCCGGACCCCUGUUCGAGGGCGAACGCCUCGCUCGCGAUCUCGCCAACCACGGCCUUCAAGUCAGGUACCGAAACAUAAGAGCCGCCUCCCACGCAGUCCGAGAUGCCAGCAAAGUCUUCCUCGGUGCCCAUGCUAUGAUGUCUAACGGUCGCCUGUACUCCCGCGUCGGCACUGCCGUAGUCUCCAUGCUCGCAAAUGACCACUCUCUCCCAGUAAUCGUACUCUGCGAAUCCGUAAAGUUCACCGAACGUGUCGCUCUCGAUUCCAUCGUCGGUAACGAAGUCGCUCCCGCCGAGGAACUACUCUCCGAGUCCGAACGGCAAGCCCUCCUAUCGCUUAAGAAACCCGAGGGUAGCGACGAGGCGAAGGCCGGUCCCGAUGAUGUGCUCAAAUGGAUCGCGGGCUCUGAUACGCAAAUGUUGCAGGUGCUUUACGACGUUACACCGGCCGAGUAUAUCAACAUGGUGAUUACGGAGUAUGGGAGCUUGCCGCCCAGUAGUGUACCUGUGGUCCAUCGGCUGAGUACGAAUACCUGAAACCCUUGCAUCUCUUAUUCUAUAUGUUGUCUCCUGCGUUUUAGAUAGUGAAACUAAUUGGGUGAAAAGCAUGCGAUGACACGGGCUUGGAUGUCAAGAAAGCGAAGGAUAAAAGCGCGUAGAUGAGUCGAAUGUGGAAGGCAGGAAGGGAUCUUGGAUGGAGUGGAUGAGAAUGGACGGUUUCGGACAUUGAUUGCAGGAGGUGUAUUUCCAUGGCAGAUCUUAGUAAGGGCUUUUAUAGCUGCUUCAUGUUCCUCGAAUGGCUCUAGAGCAGCCAGAUGUAACCAUUGUCUAUGGUUCAUAUAUAUAUAUAUGUCUAUUGGGGGUCUCUGAUUUAAAACAAGUAGUCAAUAUCAUAUCAUUUGCU